GCGCACAUCCUCGAGGCGCGAGGAUACGUUUCGUGCGUCGCUGACGCUCCAGCGCUUUUUCUACGCAACCACGGCUAAGGAUUCCUCGGGAUUUCCGCGGGCCGCGAGACGCGCACGUUGCUCCGCGCGUCGGUGUAACGGCCGCGUAUUUCGGCGAGUGCCGCGAGUGGACACGGGCGUCGGUACAGUGGCGAAAGCUCAACGGACGCCAGAGAGAAAGGGCGGCGAAGGAUAGAGAGAGAGAGAUAGAGAGUGAGCGAGAGGACUGUCGGAGUGCGGCUCGUGAUCGAUCUCGUAGUGUGUACCGUCAAGGUGUUUUCAUCCCGUCGCCGAUCUCGAUUAUGUCACCGGCCACGCGUGCCUGCAGACCGCUCUGAUUCGAGGAACCCGCGAGAACGCCCACCACGAUGCUGCCGCAGACACCUGACAUCAUCCCGACUACGCUGAACCAGCAGAAAUGCGUGAAAGCGCGAGCUCUGUACGACAAUAUCGCCGAGGCGCCGGACGAGCUGGCUUUUCGAAAAGGCGACGUCCUCACCGUACUGGAGCAGAACACCGCUGGUCUUGAGGGAUGGUGGUUGUGCGCUCUGCGAGGCCGACAGGGCAUCUGUCCAGGAAAUCGAUUGAGGCUUCUGGUUGGCCAAUACGAUACGGGGGGUUGUUUGGUCGGCAGCAGGGCCGACCUAACCAUAGCAGAGGAUGGCAUACAGAGACACGGGAAAAGGCGUAGCUGGCACGUACAGCCCAACAGGGUUGUGACGCCGCAGAAGUGUGGGGACGUCUACCUGUACGAUCUCCCAGCGAGUCGGGGAAGUCCCGCGCCACCCUCCAGACACGAUUCACCCCUCAACUCGACGAACAAUGAGCACUCGCACAAUACGGGCCGCUACACGAGCAACAACGCGCGGACCUCCGUGGACAACGGGGGCGGCGGUGAUGUGAACGAGUGUUACGACGUGCCGCCACGCGCGAUCCCGGUGAUCCCGUCGCCGGCGAGCAGCCCGAGCCCGGCUCCGUCGUGCUACGACAUCCCGAGGCCGCCGACAUCCUGCACGCCCAACUCAAAUUGCUCCGGCGGCUCCGGCAUUACGCCGCUGGAUUGCUACGACGUGCCGCGACCGUUGCAGCCCCUCACGCCCAGCAGCUCGGCCUCCAGCCUCACCAACGACGGCUCCCUCAGCGGAUCGAACAGAUCGAGCUUGGCCGCCCCGGAUUACGAUGUGCCCCGACCGCGUCUUCCAGUGUCCUCGUUGCCGUCCCGACACAACACCCCGAUACCGAAGACCCCGACACCGCCGCCACCCUCGCAACAGAUUUACGAUGUGCCAGUCAGCAAGGAGCUUCCGCUGGAGCUGGACUCCGCCCUGGAAGGUCUGCAGAGGCUGCAGAGCGAGGCGUCCGCCGCGAUAGCGAGGCUACUGGGCUUCGUGAGCCCCGGUUGGAGGACGCCGCAGCGAUUGGACGCCACCCUCAUGGACCUGAGGCUGGCUGCACUCAGGCUAAGAACGUCUCUUCACGAUCUAGCCGAAUUCGCGGAAGGAACGCUGGGCAAUGCGGGCAAAGCGCCAGAUAAGGGCCUGGCCACGAAAUUACGGCCGCUGGUGAAGGCGCUUCGUGAUUCUGACAAGCUCGUGCAGGAAGCCGCUACCGAGUUGGACACGAUGGAGUGGGACGCGUGCAAGCUCUGUCGUGGCAGCGGUGAUACACCGACACCUACUAACGGACCCCCGUCCUCGCUGCUGCUACCUGUGCAGACGGAUCCCCUUGACCAGCUGAUCGCGUGCGCUCGGGCACUCACGGAAGACGUUCGUCAGGUCGCUAGUUUCAUUCAGGGAAAUUCCACGUUGCUCUUUAAGCGGGCGUCGAUCAUCUCCACGGGCAGCAGCAACAAUAGCGGCGCCGGGGAGGAUUAUGACUACGUAAAUCUCGACUCGCGAGAGGUCGUGGCGAAGCAGCGAGAGGAACUGCGAGCCACGCUGCCGCAGGAGCUGCGCAGCAAUUACGAUCUGCUGGUGUCCGAGGCGGACAAUGCCGCGAUUCAAAUGCCACCCACGACACCGACGCCCAUGGACCCCAACGACAAGCAAUUGUUGGCCUUCUACGUCGCCCAGGUCAUCACGCACGGCGCGCACCUGACUCACGCCAUCGACGCCUUUCUGCAAACGGUGGAGCAUAAUCAACCACCCAAGGUUUUUCUGGCUCACGGAAAGUUCGUCGUGCUGAGUGCGCAUCGGCUAGUGCAUAUCGGCGACACGGUGCACCGGAACGUGACGCGCAACGACGUGCGUACGCGCGUGCUACAAUGUGCGAACUCCCUGAACGAGGCGCUCGCGCAGACGGUGCAGAAGACGAAGCAGGCCGCCCAGUUCUUCCCGAGCGUCACCGCGGUCCAGGAGAUGGUCGACAGCGUCGUCGACGUCUCACACCUGGCCAAGGAUCUCAAGGUCGCCAUGAUACACGCCGCUCAACAGCCCUGAGGAAAAUCCUCGUCACGACGCGAAACCACAAGUUCCUUCAACUGAGAUGCAGCAGUCUUCGAGAGAGUUUCCUUGACGGAGAAAAGUUCGAGAGACUGUAGAAGAUUCAAACGUAACGCAUUUCUGGAUUUGUCCCGCGAUUGGAGCUCGAUGCCGAUCGCGUUGAUGACACGAAGAUGAUGCUCGAGGGAUCAUUCCGAAUCUUCGCGGGUUUUUUUCUUUUUUCGUCGAAGUUUGAAACAUCGCUAAGAAUCUUCAACGCGUUGGCGAAAAAAAUAUUCUUUCUUGUAUAAAAGUGGAUCAAAAGUAUCUCAGGAAUUUCUCACGAAUGUGAUCCCUCAAGCGAAUUAUCUGUAGGAGAUGCGUAUCAUUGAUGGCUACUGUUAUUUUGAAAUUCAGCCACUUAUGAAUAGAGAUACAAUAGUACUAAGUGCGCCUGUUAUUUUUUGGGUGAAAAACAAGUGCUAGCGCAGAAGAAUUCUGCUUAGAAUCCUGACGGUACUUUCGACACUAAAUGGCGAGAUAAUCAAACAUGAUCCGUGUACGCUUCGCGAAGAUGAAAAACAUGUCCGCGCACUUUAGUGCGUCCCGUGCAGCUAUUAUUCCAUUUCAUUUUAAAGAAAAUCCGUGGCCUAAAAUAUAGAAACCUGCUACUGCCAAAGCUCCGGUAUAUAGAUUGUAAGAAACGAAGAGAACCACAACCCUGGGACGAGUGUCUUUGUAAUGUACUCGAGAAUAUAAGCAUUGUAAUCUUUCAUAGGAAAUAUAUGUAGCCGUUCAAUUAGACGUUCAGGUAGACCUGUGAAAUGGAGUAUAACGAGGCCAAUAGCUUUCUGGCAGGAGUAAAGCAUUUCCGAAGUGGCUUUUGCGAAUUUGCGACCUGGUAAGCACAGACUGUCUUGCCACGUCGCAAAGUCUAUUUCGGAUAUACGCCGACGACGUACGCAGCUAAACGUGUUAGUUUUAUAGAUGUAUGUAUACAGUAGAGCAUACACACGCGACUAGACAACAUGUAUUCAUAUCUCUCUUUUAGAACCGGUUUUUCAGUUAACUGUAAUUUUAGGUUCGCGGAUUCCCCGUUCAUUUGAAAGAAUUAGAAUAAAAAGAGCGACAUAACUCGCGAUUACAGUUAACUGAUAUUUGCUAAAAUCGGCGAUUGGCAGUUUCAACGACAGGUUUGAAGUGUUUUCCUGUAGCGAAUCACCGCCGCUUUUGUUCGCAAGGCAAAAGACCGAUAUGAAUACCAAUGUCGAAUUGAGGAACAAUCGCGUUUCUGUUUUUUGUAAUAACUCGUAAAUCGGAAAAUUGACACCAAGAAAAUUCAACGCACACCCCUCAGCGGGCGGUAUCUUUUUGGAAUACCCCGCGCGUAGGCUGAAUUAUAUUACUUGGUGCGGACAGUUUUUUUGGAAGACAAUUUUAAAUGAAUUUUAUACGAAGCUUUUACCGCCGGGUUACGACUUUUUCGGGCGCCCAGGCCUUUUUACCAGGCUCUUCCAUAACGGUGAAUUAGUCGCAAGCGCACACACCGUGAACCGCAGUCAGCGGCGGAUCGAAUUUGUAAGCUGUUUAACGCGCAAAAAUUUUCCACGGCAACUAACGCGCACUCGCGAAUCCUUUUGCACAACGAGACCAAUGACGCCUUUUUUUUAUAGAGCGAACGAACGAAUGUUUUUAUUAGAUCUAGCAGGUCCUGCGGCAGACUGACACCGAUAACGCAUACGUUGGAAAAAUAUCGCACUCGUUUUAUCUUUUGCAUUUCUGUCUAUAUAAGUCAGUCAUGGAAUUACUUUUUAAUCACCCAAUCAUUAAAACUAUCUUGCAUUAAAAUCAGUCUUAAGGAGUAAGGCUAAACCGAACUUGACGUUAAGAUCCGAGAUCACAGCUAGAAUUACUCUUCGAGUUCACGCCUGUCGAGGCCAAAAGUAUGUAUACGAUCCAACCGCUAAUUUGCGGCGCACUUGUUCUAACGGCAUUCUCCACGUGCGAAAGUGUACUUAAAAAUAGCUCGCCGACCAUAGCACUCGCUCAACACGCGGAACCAUUCAACUCUCUAUCUAAGAGUUUCGCCGCACCUCGUUUAAACAAUGGAGAUAUAACUGUUAAUUACGUACGUUAUUAAGACAUAACUGGCUGUUUUUGUUGCAGCUUUAGCGGUCUAUUACGAUUCCCUUUGUUUCAUGAGAGUUAUCUCUCUCUCGAUGUCUUUUUUUUUAUUCAUAGAUUGACUAAUGUGAUUUACUGUUGUGUGCAACAGAGACGAAGCGAGCCUUUGAAGGCGACUUAUGACAUUUAUCUUAUAUUUUUUUGUAGAAACUAUGUACCAAGCAUAUCGCGCAUGGAGAAGCAUUUAUAUACGAACCUCGUUUACGAGACUUGUAUUAUAAUUUAUUGAUGAAGUGUUUUUGUAAUUAUAAUACAUAGGCAGGCAGUUAUACAUAUAUAUAUAGGUAGAUAGAUAGAAUUGUAUAUUUAGAAAUUUAUAUGAUAGUCGAAUCUAUAGGUGCUUAUCAUCCGCGAAUCAUCGUAUUCGGAUAUGUCGUGUUGUAGCAUUAAAUGGAAUGGUUUCUCCUUUUUGUAAAACGCAGGCUGACGAACGUCGCUAUCCGCGCGAACACCGGCUCGUCAUUUCCCUGGUUUUUCUUUCACACAUUGUACCUGGAUGAUCUUUUCGCGAUAGUUGCGGCAUCAUCCUCGCGGUCACUCGUAAAUGUAUACGUAACGGUAUUACUGCGAACUUACGAGCUACAUAUCCGAGAGCAGCUAUUACAGGAUUAGACGAAAUAAAAUUAGAAACGAAAACUCUCGAUGUAGCGCGCGCGCGAUGUGUCCUUAAAGGAACGUUGACCACACAUCGAAAAUUGGUUUAUCAUCAUGACGCUUUAAUCACGUAUUUCCGGUAUAAUUGCGCACGGACAAUUCCUGCGUUCUAUCAUUGAAGACUCCUUUGUGCCGUUUGCAAAGUCGAGACGCGUUACAAACUAAAUAAUUAUGUUACCUUAAGGACACCUUAUUUGUACAUAGAUAUAUUUAUACAUAUUAUAUAUAUACAUAUAUAUAUACAUAAUAUAAUUAUUCCUAUUACAGAAAUGGAGUAUGUAUACACAAACAUAAUGGUACAUCCGAGAUGCAUUAGUGGAGUAAACUUAUUUAAAUAUCGUGCAAUGUCAAAAAUAACUUUUAAGCCGAAAAUACAGCCGAGAAAGACAAAGUAUUUGAGGAUGAAAAUAUAUCGAGACAAAUAGAUCCGACUUUAAGGUGUAAGUAGGAACUGUAUAAAUCGAGCCCGUUUCAGUGCUGUAAAAUAUUAUUUUUUUCUACCAUACUUUUUAACAACACGCUUGACAACGCCCCGAACAAUUAAUUUUGCAUAGUGGCGCGUGACGUGUGAAUUACAGUUUCAGUCAUUCAAUAAAGUUAUAAUGAAAGAAA